AAUUCUAGUGAAUGGAUAUUUUCUAGAGAAAUGGGAAGCGACACUUCUCCAUUAUGACUGGCAUUGAGUCACUAUAUAACAACUCUAAUACAUUUCUGUAGAUCAGAGGAAGUUAAAAACACAGGAGGAGCUGAGAGUAUUUAAAGAAAGAGUUGAGAGUGUAUAAUGAAGAGGAAGACUGACAGAAAGAGAAGAUGGCUGAUAAGUGUCACUUGUGUCUGCUGGGACUGAUCUUUCUCUCUUCACUUCUCACAGGUCUCAGUGGAGUGGAUGAUGCUCAUGUGUUCAUCAGUUCUGGUGAAAAUGUUCGUCUGUCCUGUAAUAAUGCUCUUCAUGACUGUACAUCAACUACAUGGAUCUAUAACAGAUUCAGUCAUUCAGAGACAGUUGAACUGAUUCGUUUAGGGAUAAAGAAGAAAAACACAGAGAGUUAUGAGAGACUGAGUCUGGGGUCUGACUGCUCUCUGAACAUCAAGAACAUCACAAAAGAAGAUUAUGGAUUUUACAUCUGCCAACAAUAUGUGAAUGAUCAACAACAAGGAACUGAUGCUCGUGUUUAUCUGCAUGUUCUUCAUGUCUCUUCGUCAUCUUCAUCAUCCUCACAGACUGAGUUCAGUGCAGGCCGCUCUGUGACUCUCUUCUGUCAGUUGUAUUCAUAUGCUGGAGUCUCUUGUGAUGAUUGGAUCCGUUCUACGGGAAUUGAUCUGUUCUGGGUGAAUCAGGCUGGUGUUAAACUGACGAGAUCAGACUCCAGAUAUCAGAUAUCAGCUCCAGAUCACUGUAUCAGCUCUCUGACUACAACACUCCUGAAUGAAGAUCACAACAGAGAGUGGAGAUGUGAAGUUACUCACAGAGAUCAAGUCAAAACCUCAGCCACAUACACUGUCAGGUAUUCAGAUCCAGCAGAAACUGAAGUCAAUAGGACUGCUGCAUCAGUAUUCAGAGUGAUUGUGAUUAUUGUAGAGUUUGCAGUGUUUGCUGCUCCUACUGUGAUUCUUCUUCAGAUCAUCUGUGACAGAAGAGCUGGGAGGAAGGACUCACAGCACUGAGAGGAAAUAGUGAUGAAUACAGUAUUACAAAAAAAAAACUCUCUACAAAUAACAGGCCAGAGUACACUGUAAAAAAAAAAAAAAAAAUUAUAUGACUGGCAACUACGGCUGCCAAACAAA